AUGACCUCCGCGCCAACAUCGUUGCGCGACUACUACGCGGCACCGUCGAAUGCAUGGUCCUUCAUCCCAGCAAGUCUUCCCGGCUCUCCGGAAAACUCGACAGACAUCUACUCUCCCGCAACCUCCUCCUCUUCAUAUGAAUGGUCCACACGGACUAACACCAAUCCCCUCUUUGAUCUUUCUGCGACAUACGCAUCGGCUGAGGAUGGCUUUGACGUUAAGCUAGUCGCCCAAGGCCUUGUCACCGCGGCGUUGUCUAGCUAUGCGAGCCAGGCUCUUACGAUGCCGUUCGAAGUUGGGAAGACCCUUCUGCAGGUACAAUGGGUUCCAAGGGAUAUAGUCGAGGCGGCCGCGGGCGUAACAUUGUCAAUGGACCCCAUGGACGAGGAAGAAGAGCUCAGUGACACCUCAAUUGACAACGACGCGUACUUCGCAGACCCGAGCAAAAUCGAGGCUGAGGGUGUUACUCCUCCACCUCCGCGACUCGCCGAUGAGCGAGGUUACGUCGUGCGACAAUCUGUACUGGAUGAAGGUGCAACGCCAGAAUAUAUCAUGCCUGUCGGCUUAGCAGACGGAACAUGGGGUAUGAUAAAACAGCUUGGUCGUUUCCGUUCUGAAGGCUGGUUGUCACUGUGGAAAGGGCUGCUAACGACAACCGUCCAUGAGGCUCUCUAUAAUGGCCUGCAGCCAUCCUGCCACACCAUCCUUCAAUAUGUCCUCUCACCAAUGUUCCCCUCCCUCUCUUCCGCAUCAUCCUCGCUCCUCCUACCCGUCGCCUCACACACCCUUGCGGGCUUCAUACUCUCUCCCCUCCAGCUCGUUCGCACCCGAUUAAUAAUCCAAUCCGCCAACCCCCGCUUCCGCACCUACUCCGGCCCCAUCGACGCGCUCUCACAGAUCCUCGCGCACGAAGGCGGCCUGCACGGCGUGUACCUCCACCCGCACCUGCUCAUUCCCACUCUUCUCGAGCACACCCUCCGCGGGCUCAUCCCGCUCACGCUCCCCGCACUCAUCGCGUCCUACAUCGGCUUCGGCACACACCUCUCGCCCGACAUGCACCCCGUCCUGUGGAACGUCUCCGAGCUCCUCGGCGACUUCGCGGGCUCGCUGAUCAUGCUCCCAAUCGAGACAAUCCGACGGCGGCUCCAAGCCCAGACGCGCGGCACCGCGAAGCCGCUCCGCGCGUGCGUGGAGAUGCGCCCCGCGCCGUAUAACGGCGUCGUGGAUGCGCUGUGGCACAUCAUCACGGAGGAGCGCUCGGACCGCCCGGUUCGGACGCACGCGCGGAGGAAAAGCAAGGGCAAGGCGAAGGAGGGCGCAGUGGAGGAAGAGGAGAAGAGGAGCUGGCUGGGGAACACGGGCAUCGGGCAGCUGUACCGUGGUCUGGGAGUCCGGCUCGCGGUGGGCUUCACCGUAUUCGUGCUUGCUUCAUUGAGUGACAAGGAAUCUGAUGGAGGGUGGGCAGAGUUGUGA